UUUUACCAUCCAAUCGUAGUUUUGAUUUCCCACAGCUCAGCUUUCACGAUGGCUAUACAUAGGGCUUUUCUAGGUCGUAACUGUGGUUGUGACUUGGAGCUUGGGUCGUAUCAGCCUCCAGACCGCCUCCCCCUCCAAGAAGUGAUAUGUGACAGUCGCCGCAUCCUUGACGGAUUCCCGAACCGGGUAUCCGUCUUUCGGUGCAGCCCGAAAGAAUCCCGUAACUUUUUAUUGGGUAUUUUGUGCCGUCGAUUAUUAAUACUACGGUAUGCGGGGACAAUAAUAUUAUGGGAAGGAGUGAUGCUCGAAGUAUUGUUGGGUAGAUUUGGCAACGACUCUCAGUCGUACCUUCCAUUUAUAUUCGAAAUUACCAUAUAAAAUAGAUAAAUUGUAGUUUAUCCAUUGAACUUGACGAUAUUCAUGUUAUGUACACCGAUAAUCUCCCGUCUAACACCAAGGCGGCUUUAGCUCACUUGGGAGAGCGCCAGACUGAAGACAACUUCAGCUCCGAUAUCUGGAGGCACUGUGUUCGAUCCACAGAAGCCGCAAUCUGCGAGUCGAGGAUCACCUCGAUUAAGAACACUAUAUUUUUUUGCCUUUUUUGCCGCUCGAGCUAUCCUUUCCCAACGCAUCUUCAGACAUAGCAAAAAGAAGGGGCGGUUUACACGCAAUCAUUUUUGAUGAGGAGGGGCUAGGACCAGCGAUUGUGGACCGACCUGCGAUAACCCUCCCCCUGGGCACCCCCAUGUCCCAAAACGCCAGCCAAUUCACCCGCCGCUUGAGGCGACCCCUGUCGUUCCCAAAAUAUCCCCAAAGUCAACGCCUCCUAGGUCACCCAGCCCUCAAAAACGUCCUCCCAAUCUGUUGACGGAACGAACGACGACUACCCUCAAACGACAUUUUGUUGGCUGUUAAGGGUGUACGCGAGGAAAUAUGCAGAGCAGCUAUGAUAGUGCUCAAAGACAAUUCGAGUGAUGAUGCCAACGGGUACUCUGUGCCCAGGUAUCCGACGGGCGGUUGGCGGCGACCGGAGGAGCACGAGGACUUGAUGGAGGAUAAAUUGGGAGACGGCAAAGAUAUGGCGUCGUGGGCAGGGCAGCCAUCCAUAAAGGGCUCUACGGAGUCCAUGAGGAUGGCUCUGUUGACCAUGUCCCUAAUUGGGAUCCAGUUCACAUGGGGAGUCGAGAUGACUUACUGCACACCAUACCUCCUCGCACUCGGGCUCACGAAAAGUCGAACCUCCCUCGUCUGGAUCGCAGGCCCCCUCUCCGGCCUCAUAAUGCAGCCCAUCGUCGGCGUGAUCGCGGAUCAAUCGAAGUCGAAAUUCGGCCGGAGGAGACCCUUCAUGGUCAUUGCGUCGAUAAUCGUUUCGAUCUCGUUCAUCGCGAUGGCAUGGGCGAAGGAACUCGUGGGGGUGUUCGUGUCGGACGAGGAGAAGGCAAAGACGUGGACAAUCGUGGUGGCUGUAUUUAGCAUCUACGCUGUGGACUUUGCCAUCAAUGCGAUUCAAUCCUGUGGCCGCAGCUUGAUCGUCGAUACCCUGCCUAUUCCCAAGCAGCAACUCGGAUCGGCCUGGGCGAGUAGGAUGGUCGCGGUGGGACACCUGGUUGGGUACGCGGCGGGGACAAUCGACCUCGUCUCUAUCUUUGGAAAGGGCAUGGGCGACACGCAGCUGAAGAAGCUAGUCCUCAUCGCCUGCUUCAUCUUGAUGUUCACCGUCGGCGUGUCCUCCUGGGCCGUAACGGAGCGCGUCCUCAUCUCCGGCAAGUCCUCCGACGCAACAACAAGCGGCGUCAAGGUCGUGCGCAAGAUCAUCAAGACUAUCAUGCACCUCCCCCCCCGCAUCCAAGCCAUCUGCUGGGCGCAAUUCUGGGCCUGGAUCGGCUGGUUCCCAUUCCUCUUCUACGGCAGCACAUGGGUUGGUGAGACGUACUUCCGCUACGACGCGCCUGUGGAUGUGAAGCAGUCGGAAGACGCGCUCGGAGACGUCGGGCGCAUUGGAAGCAUGGCACUGGUUGUGUUCUCCAUGGUCACCUUCGCAGGGGCGUUCCUCAUGCCUUUCUUCGUGCGCUCGCCAGAGGAAGACAACUUCACGCCCCGCCCACCGAGCAGCAUCGCUAAGCUCGUCAAACUCGUCACUAAGCACAAGCCUGACCUGCUCACAGCUUGGUUCAUCGGACACUUCAUGUUCGCCGGCGCCAUGAUCCUCGCACCCCUCGCAUCAUCCUUCCGCUUCGCCACCGCCCUCGUCGCAUUCUGCGGACUCCCCUGGGUCCUCGGCUCCUGGGCCCCCUUCGCCUUCCUUGGCAUCGAAGUAAACCGCCUCAGCUCCGGCGCCCCCCCCACCUCCUCCUACCGCCGGCGCUCCGACGCCCGCCGCUCGGACUCCUUCGAGCUUCUCCGUCCCUCGUCCGCCUCUCUCCUCCACCGCGGCGGCGACGAGGAUAUCGCGUCCACGGGGGAGCUGUCGGGGAUUUAUUUUGGGAUUCUGAAUAUCUAUACGACGUUGCCGCAGUUUGUGGGGACGUUUAUUUCGUUGAUUGUUUUUUCGGUGCUGGAGCCGGGGAAGAGCCCGGAGUUGGCGGGGGGGGAAGGGGGGGAAGUCAAGAAGGAGGGGGUUAAUGGGAUUGCGGUUUGUUUGUUUAUUGGGGCGUUGAGUACGUUGGGGGCGGCGUAUGCGACGAGGCGGUUGAGGUAUUUGUGAGGGGAGGAGGGGAGGAAGGGAGGAAGGGAAGCUUUUGGAGGUGUCUACAGUACGAUAGGUGUGCUUUGGGGAGCGGGUAGGCUGCGGCCUUUUGUAAGUUUGUUCGCAGCGGGAGCAUUUUUUUUGUAUACUAUGAUGCGGUCAUGGCUGCGGCGGCGUUUGGAGGGAUACCACUUGUAGCGGCGCGAUGUUGGUGGGGAAUACAAUGUGUAUAUGAUGUAUCCUUUUGGUCUGUUUGUGCUUGUGUCCUGGGAUACUCGACUGGAGGGACUAUGAUGACUUACUGCUACAUUUCUUAGGCUCUUGACGAAGCUAUACUACGUGCCUGGAUAGGAG